AUGGAAGGCUCCAAUGGCUUUGGGAUCGACUCCAUCCUCUCCCACCGGGCGGGCAGCCCCGCCCUCCCCAAGGGGGACCCCCUGCUUGGGGACUGCCGCUCACCCCUGGAGCUGAGUCCUCGCUCGGAGAGCAGCAGCAGCGAGUGCUCCUCACCGGCCUCGCCGGCAAGGGACUGCCUGGAGGCGGGCGCCCCGAGGCCUGGCCCUGGCGGGGCGCCGGGCCCGGGUCUGGACUCGCACCUGCAGCCGGGGCAGCUCUCGGCCCCAGCCCAGUCACGCACGGUGACCUCCUCCUUCCUGAUCAGGGACAUCCUCGCCGACUGCAAACCCCUGGCGGCCUGCGCGCCCUAUUCUAGCAGCGGGCCGCCGGCCGCCCCCGAGCCGGGGGGCCGCCUCGCACCCAAGGCCGGGGAGGACUUCAGGGACAAGCUGGACAAAGGGGGCAGCAACGCCUCGUCCGACUCCGAGUACAAAGUGAAGGAGGAGGGCGACCGGGAGAUCUCCAGCUCGCGGGACAGCCCCCCGGUGCGCCUGAAGAAGCCGCGCAAGGCGCGCACCGCCUUCACCGACCAUCAGCUGGCGCAGCUGGAGCGCAGCUUCGAGCGGCAGAAGUACCUGAGCGUGCAGGACCGCAUGGAGCUGGCCGCCUCGCUCAACCUCACCGACACGCAGGUCAAGACCUGGUACCAGAACCGCAGGACCAAGUGGAAGCGGCAGACGGCCGUGGGGCUGGAGCUGCUGGCGGAGGCGGGCAACUACUCGGCGCUGCAGCGGAUGUUCCCGUCGCCGUACUUCUACCCGCAGAGCCUGGUCUCCAACCUGGACCCGGGCGCCGCGCUGUACCUGUACCGAGGCCCGAGCGCGCCGCCGCCCGCCCUGCAGCGGCCCCUGGUGCCCCGCCUGCUGCUGCACGGCCUGCAGGGCGCCGAGCCCCCGCCGCUGCCCCCGCUGGCCGGCGUGCUGCCCCGCGCCGCGCAGCCCCGGUGA